CCCCAACGCGCCUCAGUCGGUGAGAGGCCGUUGGCGCGCGUGGAGCUGCUGCCCCCUGCGGCCGGUACCGCGCCACCUCCGCUUCCCUCCCCGUCCUCCCGUCGCCGCCGGCACUCGCCAUGGAGUAAGGCUUCCCCCCCUCCACCGGCCGGACGGGGCGGGGGGGGUCCCCGCCACGCCUCGAUGGCUCUGGUCACGGUGCAGCGCUCGCCUACUCCCAGCGCUACCUCCAGCCCUUGCGCCUCGGAAGCAGACAGUGGGGAAGAAGAAUGCCGGUCCCAGCCCAGAAGCAUCAGCGAAAGCUUCCUCACUGUGAAAGGCGCAGCUCUCUUCCUGCCGCGAGGAAAUGGGUCGUCUGCUCCCAGGAUCAGUCACAGGCGCAACAAGCAUGCAGGGGAUCUCCAGCAACACCUGCAGGCCAUGUUCAUACUGCUCCGCCCAGAAGACAACAUCCGACUGGCUGUAAGACUGGAAAGUACCUACCAGAACCGCACUAGAUACAUGGUGGUAGUGUCCACCAACGGCAGACAAGACACCGAAGAGAGCAUUGUCCUAGGAAUGGAUUUCUCUUCCAAUGACAGUAGCACAUGUACAAUGGGCUUGGUGCUGCCGCUGUGGAGUGACACCUUGAUCCACCUGGACGGGGAUGGAGGGUUCAGCGUAUCAACAGAUAACAGGGUUCAUAUAUUCAAGCCAGUGUCUGUACAGGCAAUGUGGUCUGCUCUGCAGAGUUUACAUAAAGCUUGUGAGGUGGCACGGAGCAACAAUUACUACCCAGGGAGCCUUUUCCUCACGUGGGUCAGUUACUAUGAGAGCCAUAUCAACUCCGACCAGUCGUCAGUCAAUGAGUGGAACGCCAUGCAAGAUGUCCAGUCCCACCGGCCGGACUCGCCUGCUCUCUUCACAGAUGUCCCAACUGAGCGGGAACGCACAGAACGGCUAAUUAAGACCAAGUUAAGAGAGAUCAUGAUGCAGAAAGAUUUGGAGAACAUCACAUCAAAAGAGAUACGCACUGAGCUGGAGAUGCAGAUGGUGUGUAACUUGCGGGAGUUCAAAGAGUUCAUUGACAAUGAAAUGAUAGUGAUCCUUGGGCAGAUGGACAGCCCCACACAGAUAUUUGAUCAUGUCUUUUUGGGCUCGGAAUGGAAUGCCUCCAAUUUGGAAGACUUGCAGAACAGAGGGGUGCGGUAUAUUUUGAAUGUGACUAGAGAAAUAGAUAACUUCUUCCCUGGGCUCUUCGAAUACCAUAACAUUCGGGUAUAUGAUGAAGAAGCAACAGAUCUUCUGGCUUAUUGGAAUGACACCUACAAAUUCAUCUCCAAGGCAAAGAAAAAUGGUUCGAAGUGCCUGGUGCACUGCAAGAUGGGAGUGAGCCGCUCGGCAUCCACGGUGAUUGCCUACGCCAUGAAGGAGUACGGCUGGAACCUGGACAGGGCUUACGACUACGUGAAGGAACGCCGCACUGUCACGAAGCCCAACCCCAGCUUUAUGCGGCAGCUGGAGGAGUACCAAGGGAUCCUGCUGGCCAGCAAACAGCGGCAUAAUAAACUGUGGCGCUCGCACUCGGACAGUGACCUCUCAGACCAUCACGAGCCCAUCUGCAAGUCUGGGCUGGAGCUGAACAAGAAGGAGAUCACCACCUCAGCCGACCAGAUCUCAGAGGCCAAGACCAAUGACAACCAGCAGCCAAUGUCUCCCAUCUACUCAGCUGAGCUGGACAGGGAGCAGCAGCUCCCAGAGGAUGCAAACAUGCUCGAGGAGAUGUGUGGGAAGGAGAGAAGGAUCCACCUAGAGUUUACAUGUCGAGACUUCCAUGCUGAGCAGAUGGAGGACAAGCUGAACCUGAACAAUAUCAAUGGCUGUACGGCAGGAUGUUGUGUAGACUCUGUCCCCCCUGAUAACUGCCACGCUUCUGAGGCCUUAAUGCAACUCCAGCACCCCUUGGAAAUAACAGAGUUUCCUGAUUUGACAGUGGAUGAUCUAGAAAAAGAUGCCCUUAAGCCUGAUAUGAACGUGCACUUGGUUCCCAUGGAAGAAUUCACUUCGUGCUUAAAAGACUUUCCCCAAUCCCCAAACCAAAAUUCACCGAGUCUCCAACAGAAUCCCCAGCCUGAAGUGACAGACCUCAGUACAGACAGGAUAGAUUUCUUUAGCGCUUUGGAGAAAUUCGUGGAGCUAUCCCAGGAGAGCCGGUCACGCACCUGCUCCCAUUCCAGGACAGAGGAGCAAGGGAGUGGAAGGAACGGGGUGUCCAGGGUGCCCGUGCUGGAAGUGCUGCCUGUUGCAGAUGGGGGAGCAGAUGCUCGAAGAAACAGCUCUGGAAACUCUCCUCAAGCAUCGGAUGACUCUUCCACAGAUGAAGAACAGCAAAAGGAGGUCCCUGAGCUGCCUAGUGCAGGCCAUCUCAAGAGAUCCCACUCGGAAAAUGCCAUUUCUGUGAAGGAAAUUGUCACAGAGAUCGAGUCAAUCAACCAGGGAGCAGGACCUGCCCAGCAGAAGGAGGGCUCAGCCAACCUCUCCCAGACACCAAAGAGGAACACGGUGCAUGACCUGCCUGUGGAGGCAAUUUGGGCAUCGGAAAGGGUGGAACAGAGCGAAGGAGCCUGUGCUGGACAGCAGGAGAAGGAGAAAGACCCUCUGCAAGCUGAGCAAGAAGCUGCCCCCUCCCUGCAGCUGUCUUCUGGUAAAUCAGACCUGGAGGAAAGCAGCCCUGGGGGAGAGCAGCAAGACCCUCGCGGCUCCAUCAACCCUGAGCCCAAGUGGUGCCCCGGCUCCGUCCGGCGAGCCACCCUGGAGUUCGAGGAGCGCUUGAGACAGGAGCAAGAGCACCAGCACACGUCCCCGGUCUGCAUCUUACCAACCCGCAAGAACUCCAGGAAUGAUUCUCCUGCUGCCGAGCUCCUUCCGCGAGGGAAGAGCGAGGAGCCGCCCCCGGAGCUGGCUCUGGAGGCCGACAAGGUGCAGGGUCCAGGCGCUGAGGAGCUACUGCUGCGUCCUGGGACAGAGCUGCCUGCAGGCAGACACCUGCCUGCGCCCCUCGCCUCCUCCGCACAGGAGUCCCUGCCUGCAGAGCCCAGCCCGGGGCAGGAGGAAACGACACAAGAGUGCAGGACAGUGGUCUCAUUUGAUGGGACGGAGGAGCCAUCUCUGCCCUCCCUCCUCCCGAAGAGAAUUGAAAUCAUUGAAUACACUCCCACGGUCAAGUCUGCAGAGCACCCCAAUGCAAGCUGUGAGCAGGGCGGGCUGGCCACAGCCGUCCCGUCUUUAGAUGAAAACUUGAACCCUUCAUUGUGCUCGGAGAAGGCGCCAACCUGUCUCAGAGCUCUGACGCUGGUAAAUCUCUCACUGCCGGAGCACGCGGUACAGAAGCAGGCCACCUUCACUGUGGGCAGCCCCAGCGAGGAAGGUGAUGGGUUAUCUGUUCACCUCGGUGCUGCUUCCCCCUCUGCCCAGGUGACCUCUACGCCUUCGGCCAGUCUAGAUCGCUCUUCCUGCCCCUAUGUAAUUCACCUGGAAGGCGUCACUGAGCAGAGCACGGGUACAGACGAUGAGCUGGUCACGCCAUGUGGCGUUGAGGGAGAUGCGACUCUCCCAUUCAGGGACAGACUUGAGCCUCUCUGCAGAGAGGGUGCCGGCACCUUGAGGCAGCUGAGCGACAAGGACUUCACCAGCCAACGUGCUGAAAACAUGGACCUUCUGGACAUUUCUUUCCUGUGCUACGGCCUCCCCCACAGCUCCAGCAGCCACAGCAUGGAGGAGCGUAGCAACAGCCCCGGGCUGGUCAAGCAGCGAGCGAAGGAAAUAGAGGCUCGGAUCCGGCACGCAGGACUCACCACACCCUCCCACAUGAAACGCUCGGCAUCCUUGGCCAAACUGGACUGCCUGGACCUCUCCAAGGACGACUUAUCCGAGAGGGAGUUGGCCUCUUCCAACGCCAACCCGGUGCUUCUCACCUGCGUUGCCCUCGGUCGAGGCUUUCGCGGGGGGAGGUUGGAGAGGGGCUCGGAAAGCACGUGCGGAAAGCAUCGCCUUUCCUCCCCAGAGCCCGCUAAGCAUUUUGUGGAACAGCUCAGAACAGCCGAGUGCAUUGCCCAGAGCAAGCCAGUGGAGAGGCCGCUAGCUCAGUACGCCAAAGAGUGCGGCUCCAGCCAGCAGAGUUUGUUUUCCAGCGCGGAUCCGACGUGGACUAGCUCCGAGGAGGGUCCUCCGCUGCUCCAGGUGCAGGUCCUGGACUCCUUGUCUCCAGCUCAAGGUCUGGCUGUUGCACCCCGGCAGCAGCACGGGAGAACUCACCCUCUGAGGAGGCUCAAAAAGACCAAUGAUAAAAAGCGGACAACCAAUCCCCUCUACAAUACUAUGUGAUCCUGAGCCCUCGGCUGUGAUUUCUUAUUGAGAACCCAUGGUGUUGCGUUCACACAAGGGGCAGGUGUAAUAUAAGGAACAUGCACUUUAUUGGUUAAUUUUAUAUAUAUAUUGUCAUUUUACUGUUCCUGGCGCAUGUAGGUGUGGGUUGGUUCUUCUGUGUGUGACUCUGACUGCAGGACUGUUUGGGUUUUUUUUAAGUUUUUUAACUCAGAUAACCUCAAAUGUUCUUUUUUUUUUGUUUGUUUUAAAAGAACACGUUUAUCAUGCAAAAAUUGAUGUUGGCUUGCUUUGGCAAGGUGGAGUUUUGCUUAGAACCAGAUCCUAGUUCCUAACUUGAAUUUUCCCCAUGCCUUGAAAUGGUGCUGGGCAGUUGUUGGGGUGAGAGCCCCCAUAAAUGUGAAGGUUGUGCCAAGGUCCCUUUGUUUGACCUUUCUUAUAUUUCUGCAAACUGGAACUCCACGAUGCUGGCAGAUCACUCACAAAGCUGCUUCAGGACGAACCCCCGGCUCGGUUCUGCUGGUGCAUCCCCAAAAGGAUUACACGGGGGUAAAUCCUCCUGACGGACGGGCUCUGAAAACCCCGAGCAGCCUGGCACGGAGAUCAGUGUUCACCUCCUGGUGUGGGUCCUGCGGAGCCCUCUGUUUCGUGGUGAGGUGGAGCAGAGCCCCCUCCAUGAGCUGCCGCGCUCGCCUUUCCUCGGCUGUCCCAGACCAGCGGGUGAGAGGAGGAGAAGCCUGCAAAGCCACAGUGUUCUUUUAAAACAAAUGCCUCGUUAGGGUUUUAACCCUCCCAUUACUUGAAUACGGCUGUGGGCCUUCCAAGUUCAUGGCCAUAUCAUCUGUCCUUUGCCCUCCUGCUGCCUCCCCUCCACCUGAAAGCCAUUUUUGUCUCAUGCUGCCUGAGUUUUCCUCUCCUCUGCCAUGCUCAGAGGCAUUUCUGGUCACUCCCAAACCUAGAGGCUGUUAGAAUUGUUACACAACAUGUUGCCCCUACUGAAUGCAAAGCUUUGUCCUCUCUGCUGUCACUCCUAACACUCAACCUGGAGGGAAUAUCUUUUCUGGAAGUUUUUUUCUUUUUUUCCAGUUGGUGGUUUUGGGGUUUUUUUGCCUAAAUUGUAUAUAUGGUAUUUAUAUAGAAUUUUUUUUGUUGUUUCUAUGUUUGGGGGUUUUUUUUUAAAAAAAAAAAGGGCAAGACUGCAUUCUGUAAACUGGAACAAACACAAAACCACCUUACUCAAACUCAGUGCUGUUCAUUGUAAUCUGCACAGAAAUGGGAGUGGAUUUGACAUUGUAAGCUGUCUUCCCUUUCCGAAAGCGAGCCUCGAUGCCAGCCUUUGCCAAAUGUGUCCCUUCUCCUCCAGUCCUUCGUGAACCCCCGUUACCCACUGCAGUAGGGGGACUGUGUAUCUGCCCGUCUCCCCUCUGCUUGAAGCUGGGUUUCUGAAGUGCCAGUCAGACACGGAAAGCCAUCGGCCACUCCGAGCCAUUCUGCAGGUUCUUGCUUCCCUGGAGGACCUGCAUUUGAAGGGUCUGCUCCGACUUUCAGCAAAUUAUUUUACGGUUCCUGAGCAGUUUGGUUAAAUCAAAGCUCCUCAUUUCCAGCCGUGCAUAUCAGCAAAUUGUAUGUGUGCUGUAGGAGCAGAGAGAAAGGCACUUGGCCGUGGUGGGAGAGCUCUGGGUCCUGUCUGCUGUCCCGUGGCAGGUCUGUGGCAGAAGAGCGUGUCUGAGCUGGUGCUUGGCUCUGGCCCAGUCCUGCCCUGCAGGGAGGAGCGAAGCGGAGAGAAGAUGCAGAAUGGCUCCAGCUGCCGAAAGCCCAACACGGAGAGGACGUGGUGUGGGAGGAGCAGCAGACAAGGCCGUGCCUAGAAAGCAGCGUUGAUGCUGCAGAGCCUUGCAGGCUCUGAUGGGACAAGCUCAUCCUGAGCUGGAGAGGAGCGUGCGGCACCAAAGCACUGCAGAGUAUUGGGAAGCAGCACGCAUCUGCCCUGGGGAAGGGGUGUCCGUAACCCCCCAGCUUGCCCGCAGCAGAGGGUAAUCCCACCUCGCCGCCCUCCUCUAGCUCCCAGGGAUCCUGCUGCGCUGCCUUGCAGAGCCCGCAGCCUGGGCACGGGGCUGUCAGCGUGUCUGUCCUCCAGCACCAACGUGCGCUUUGUCCCCUUCCCAGGAGCCCGAGCUCUGCUGGGGGUGUCACCUGUGCUAGCUGCAGGCUGGAGCACAGCCCGAAGCAGCCCAGCAGGGCCCUGUCUUGGGUCAAAUAGCACAUCAUCCUGGGCUGUUUCAGUCACUAGACCUGGCCUGGGAGGCCAGAUACUUCUUUGGGACGCUGAAAGACAUGUGGCCUCUGCUAGCCAGCUCCAGCUGGCUUCGGAGCUGGGCAGGCAGUGUGGAAAGGCCAAGUGGCUCAUGUCAUCUUGUGAAGGACAAUUUCAGUCCUUGCCUCCCCCACAAACCUCACCAGAUCCCGCUGCCCACCAUUCCUCACCCCAAGAACGUGUCUGCCUGCCCCUCCGUGGGCAGAAGGGACAGGGUGCCACCGAGCCUGCCCUGGGUUGGAGGGAACGUGCUUGGCUGGCAACGUGUCCUGGUGACAAGGAUCUGCUUGGGAGGGGAAAGCCCUGUGCAUGGUUUGUUCCCUUGAGAAGGGAGGAGGAGGAACGGGAUUGGAUUUCUUUGCCCAGCUUGAUCUCAGGAGAAAUGCCCUGUAGGAAGGCUCUUCCAUGCAGAGCAGAAAUGCUGCUUCCUUCAAGGCUCUGCUGCUGUCAGGGUGCUUCAGCUGGGGGGAGCAGCAAAGAGGCAAAGGUGCUCACAGGGAGGUGCUUUGCUGUCCCCUUGUCCUCUGCUCCAGCCCAGCACAACUGUGGUUUUUCUCUGGGAAGCCUGUGGACAGGUGGAGGGAGUUGGGGAAGGUGGUUGUCUUGCAGAGUUAUGAAGGCCUUGGAGGUCUGGAGGCUCUGACCUGGACGGCAGCGAGGGGAACGGGCUGGAGAGACGUGUGGCAUGCAGUGCUCUGGGAGCCCUGGGUCCUCCUUGGCCAGCGUCUGGGCAAUGAAGCCACCAAGCCCCUGGUGUUAGAACUCUCUGCCUGGGAAGAGUUGUCCUUUCUCCAUGCUGUGGCUCAUGGGUGGGUGGUGGUUCGCUCCUGGUUCCUGUGGCUGCCCCACAAGAGCUUCUAGCGACCUGCUGAGCUCUGCGGGGAGCAGCACCUUCCCCGGAUGGGAAGGGGCAGCACCUCCAGAGCGCUCGGCAGCUGACCGGCCUCGCUGAUAGAGGGGGUUUAGCAGAAACGUGUUGUUUUAAGGGCAUUUUUGUACAAAGCAACUGUUCUUUUGGUCUCUUGCAAAGCCCUCUUGGAGGACGCUUUAUUGUUUACAUUGACUCCUGUACAAUAUCUCAGCCAUCGCCUCCCUCCUUGCCCGCCCCAUCUCCGGCUGUACUGUAACGUGUGAGCCUUGCACAAACGGAUAGCGUGUGCGUGAAACUGGUUUUUACACUGCGUUCUGUUGCACUCGAUGGUGUGUGUGCGUGUGUGCGUGUGUCCGGUCUGCUUGAGAAGUUGUGACCUGUACAAAUCUCUCCACUUUUGGCCCUUUCCUGGGGGCGUGAUCCCAGCGGGUGACAGGAGGGUCAGGAGACGAUGCCACUUCUGUCUCACUUGGAUGGUAAAUGGGGCAGGGAUUAGCUCCAUGUCCCUCUGCCAGCGAAGGCCUGGUGGAAGAUGUCCCACCCCAGCUCUGGCUGCUCUGGGGACCUCCUGGGAGGAGCGAGGCGCUGGGAAUUGGCAUGGGCACCGAGGCGCUGCACCUGCCUGGGGCCUCGGAGAGCUCUCCCAGCCUGGUGGCAGGAGGAAGCCAUACCCGCCGCAGGUCCCCUGCUCCUGUCAUGGUGCGUCCUGCCUUAAUCUGGUUCUAGCUCCGUGCAGACCCCCACGCUUCUCCCUAAGGGAGGGACCCCCCCGAGCCCUUGCUGGCGUGGGCCAGAGGCAGGUGCUGGCACAGGAGGGACCAGGCUGGGCAGAGGGCUCUCGGUCACCCUCCGGCAGUGCCCCCAGAGGUGCUAACAGCCCACUUGCGCUGCAGACAUCUCUGUUGGCACAAAAGAAGGUGCCAGUGCCUUUUAUUUUCCUUUAUGAAGAUGUGACAUCCAUGCGCUGGUCUGUAGGGAUUGCCCCGGGACCGGGCAGUCCGGCCACACCGUGUGCUGGAGCACAAGCCCUCGGGGACGGCUGGUGGUGGAGUUGCCAACUGGGGAGGGGAGCGCUUCUGUCUGCCCCUCCUGGAUCUUCCUUGGUGGCUGGGAUCGUCCCCUUCCCCCUAAAGACUUUAUGACCGAUGUGCUCAGCUGUUUUUAAAUGUGAACUUGUGCACUGAUGUGCAGAUUCAAUGUUCUUGUUACUGAAUGAAUAAAGUUUUAUUUUGAAGAU